AUGUCUGCAAAAUGUGAGCUGAAUAAGACUAUUCAUCCACCCACCCUUUACCCUUGUGCCCCUUGUAAGGUGUGUGUGUGUAGAUUUUAUUUUGUUCUGUUUUUCAGCUGUGUGAAAGUGGAGGAGCAUCAAGCUGUCGACAUUGACUUGUACCAUUGUCCAAACUGUGCCAUAUUACAUGGAGCCUCCCUGAUGAAGAGACGGAACAACUGGCACCGACAUGACUACACCGAGACUGCAGAUCCUGUUAAAAAGAUACAGGCAGGAACGCCAGUUUUCAUCAGGGAGCUCCGAGCACGGCAUUUUUCAAGUGCCAGUGAAAUUCUCAUCAAGCUGCACGGUACCCAGCUGACACACAAAUACCUGGAAAAGCACGGGUUUGAAUUUCCCAUCAUGGUGUCUAAAAUAGAUGGACUUGGAAUUGUUCUCCCAUCAAGCACCUUUUCUGUCAGGGAUGUGCAAGAAUAUGUGGGUGGUGAGAAGGUGAUCGAUGUGAUCGAUGUGGCUCGGCAAGCUGAUUGUAAGAUGAAACUGCAGGAGUUUGUAGAAUAUUACACUGCUCUCCAUCGAACCAAAGUAUUAAAUGUCAUUAGCUUGGAAUUUUCUGAUACAAAGAUGUCGGAGCUGGUGAAAGUUCCUGAUAUUGUUCAGAAGCUGUCCUGGGUAGAGAAUUACUGGCCAGAGGAUUCCUUUUUUCCCAAACCGUGCGUUCAGAAGUACUGCUUGAUGGGAAUGGAGGACAGUUAUACUGACUUUCACAUUGACUUUGGGGGGACCUCUGUCUGGUAUCAUGUACUGUGGGGAGAAAAGCUGUUUUACUUGAUAAAGCCAACCAAUGCCAAUCUUGCACUAUAUGAAAAUUGGAGUGGUUCUGUUAACCAGAGUGAGACGUUCUUUGGUGACCAGGUGGACAAAUGUUACAAGUGUGUCCUACAGCAGGGACAAACACUCUUCAUUCCCACAGGCUGGAUUCAUGCUGUCCUCACCUCCAAGGACUGCAUGGCUUUCGGUGGAAACUUCCUGCACAACCUCAACAUUGGCACACAACUCAGGGUAUACGAGAUGGAGAAGCGACUAAAGACUCCAGAACUUUUCAAGUUUCCAUAUUUUGAGGCAAUUUGUUGGUAUGUGGCAAACAGCCUUCGGGAAACUCUAAAAGAAAUGCGGGAGGACAGUUGCCAACCGCAGGAAUACCUAAUAGAAGGAGUCAAGGCACUAAUCCCUGCACUUAAAUGCUGGAUUCAGAAAGAGGGUUUGAUUGAGCGCCCGAAUGAAAUUCCAGAUCAUAUCAGACCAGGGCAGCUGAUCAAAGAACUCAGUAAGGAAAUUCGCUUUGUGGAGGAGAUGAACACAGGAAAUAAACCCAUAAAGUCUCAGGGAAUCAUGGCCACGGUGCCAGCUGCACGGGUCACUCAGGACAAGAGUUCCUCCUUCACUGUAAGCCCAAGCAAGAGGAAAUGCAGGAGGCUAAGAGAUCCCUCAAACAGGAUACACUCUGACCUGGACAUUCUGGAGCUCCAUACACGAGCUGUUUUGAAGAAGAUGGAGAUGGCUCAGUGGGGUGAGGACGAUAUGUCUGGUUCCACGUUGAGAGUAAAGAUCAGCAAAUCCUCAUCACCGUCUUCAACAGGAAUUGAGAAAGGCCCCAGUGACAAUAACUUAGAAUUGGUGCUUUCAAAAGGAAGGAUUAUUAGUCAUAACAGGGACGAGUUGGAGUUCGAUCAAUGCAGUACAGACAGUGAAGCUGAAGUAGAGGAGCAGUCAGAUGACCGGUGCAAUAUGCUGCAUGAAGCAGAUAGCUCUGAUUGGGAGGACGAGAAACUAGAAUCUCAAAAUCCACCCAACAGUCUUUUUGAAAGUAUGAAAACUGAACUUGGAGAUGGAAUAUCCAAAUCUUCUGACCCCUCUGACUCUGAUGUCGAGAUGAAAUACAGCCUGCAGAGAGCAGACUCUAGAGGCGAGGAAUCCUAUCUCUCAUCUGGUAGUGAGAAGAAUGGGUUAACAAUCGAGUCAGAGACUGAGAGGUCCCAGCAAGCGCUGGAUAAGCCCAGGACGAGUCUGAAGCGUUGCAAGAAGGACGACACAGUUGAGAGAGAAUGGUUGCCAUCUCCGAGCACAGCAGAGACGAUUCAGGGCAUGCUCUCAAUGGCAGCCCUGCAAUACUCAGACCUUCGCAACAACCGAAGAAAGAAUAGUGACAGCAUGGACAAACGAAACCUUCCAAGGUCACACCAAGACAUGAGAGCUAAUCGGAGGGAGGAAAGAGAACACAGCCCACGCUCUAGGGCAGCAGAAUGUGUUGGGCCUGUGAAACAGGAAGCCGCUGAGAGCAGUAGUGAAUCGGUGAAUCAUGAAGCGAAAAGCUUACUGAGAACAGCAGCCAAAUUCUCUGAAGAGGUAUGGAAGGAACGAAAACACCUCAGAAGAGAAGCAUCAGUGAGGCAAACUAUUCAGGAAAACAAGAAUUUGAUGGGAGAACGCGUUGACAAUGAGGGUCAGAUUCCCAUAGAUUCUCUGAGUGUAGUGUACAGGUCAUCAGCUGAUCAUGUCUGGGGAGACUGUGAGAUUCAUAACAGCGAGAGUCUGGAUCACAUCGAUUCUGUUAUGCCAACGUCGCCAUCCAUGCAUCCAUCCAGCAAAAGAACCCUGUCCAAUCCACCCCCUGUGAGCAAUCAGGCAACAAAAGGUAAGCGUCCAAAGAAAGGGAUGGCGACUGCAAAACAGCGACUGGGAAAGAUUCUGAAGUUGAACAGAAGUGGCCGCCUCUUCCUUUAGAAUAAUGGUAUUCCAGACCAGCAGUGGUCCAAAGAGGGUCGUGGUCCGACUGCACGUAUGGCCACCUUUCGGGUGAACUGUGCCUCAGGAACAAUUCCCCAGAUGAACACUGUUGAAGCACAGACAAGCAAUAAUGGUGGAGCUGGACUUUUGGGGGGAGUGAGGAGAAAGAAAGAAAGAAAGAGAGAGAGAGAGAGAGUUGGGGGGAGGUACUGAUAUUAUGGAACUUUUACCAAUGUUCAGGGCUUGCAAACAUUUUUUUAGAGAGUAGUAUUCUGACUUCCUGUUGUCAUGUAAUUUAUUUCUUACAGAUUAUUUGAUGCAUUUUGACAGCUUUGAAUGAUUUUUUUAAAGAUAACUAUUUAUUGAGGGAUUUGUCUGAUUAACUUCAACUGAAUAACAAGUUAGAUAUAAAACAUUCAACCAUGUA